CGCGCUUGGUGUCGUGUCUUGGUUCUGCAGGUGGUUAUUGAAGGAUCCAGUGACAUACCGCUUAUGGGCAAGCUGUUCCAUGACCCCUGGCACGCUAGGGUAGUUGGUUCAAAUGUCUGUUGGCGGGACAGCCUUUUGGAGAUGCAUCCAAGCGGCACAGACUUUGGAGAUCCCAUCCCAAGCAGCCCCCCGUAUGGGACGGACGUUGAACUCAGGGCGUGAGAGGAGAGAUAAGCCGAGAGCAUUCAGGCGGGGAUUUCAAAGUUGGUUACGGCAAACCCCGAAAUCUUUUUCGCCGUCUUUUCUCAUUAAACUGAGAGCACCUUCUCAACUUUUGAGAUUCUCAACCGCGCGUUCGCUGGCAAGUUGAACACCAAGAUGCUAGCCAACAUGAGGUUGAUGCAGUCUUUCAUCUCCCUCCUGGCAAUCCUGCCAUGUGUAUCUUCUUCCCAGAGCACUGCAACAUCGGGGCAACAUAACAGCACCGAAAAAUGGCCCGCCGACGACCGUCCAUUGCGGAAUCAAACUACCUAUAAGCCUCGAUUUGCCGGUUACCGCGAUACCACGCCAGUCUACAAUCCCAGAAUCCUCCCACGAGUCGCUAACGACAGCGACACUUCCCUCGCGAGACUUAACAGCUCUCCCAACAGGAUAGAUGCGAGACUGCUGCUCCAAGAGGACGGCGCUUGCGCACCCGGCUCUCCCUGCACCAACGGAGCUUGCUGCUCGGGUGAAUCCGGCUUCUGUGGCUAUGGACCUGACUUUUGCGGGCCGGAUGUCUGUAUUUCCAACUGUGAUGCUCAAGCCCAAUGCGGGCCACACGCCCCUGAGGGCGAAGAGCGUUGUCCCCUGAAUGUCUGCUGUUCUGUAUGGGGUUUCUGUGGGACGACCCCUGAGUUCUGCGAAGAUCAGUGCGACCCUGACUUCUCUGACUGUGGGCCGCCUCCAACUCCGGACGGGAAGGCGCUGGCCUUUAAUCGGAACAUUGGCUACUACGCCUCGUGGGCGGCCAGCCGUCCCUGCGACGCCGUGCACCCAGACGAUCUCGACCUCCGUGGUCUCACGCACCUCUACUUCUCCUUUGCCUUCUUCCACCCGACGACGUUCCGAGUCACGGCCAUGGACGCCAACGCCGAGUCUCUUCUUCGCCCAUUCACGGACCUCAAGAGAAAGUCGCCCAGGCUACAGACCUGGAUUGCCAUCGGAGGAUGGUCGUUCAAUGACCCUGGGAACGUGCCAAAUACCCGGACGGCGUUCAGUGACAUGGCACGAACCGCAGAGGGUCGGAAAGCCUUUAUCGACUCACUGAUCCGGUUCAUGGACACGUACGGAUUCGACGGCGCUGACCUAGACUGGGAGUAUCCUAGCGCUGAGGACCGUGGUGGAAGGCCCGACGAUACCGAGAACCUUGUCACUCUCUGCAGAGAGAUGAGACAGGCCUUUGGAACUCGGUAUGGACUGUCCAUUGCUAUUCCAGCAAGUUACUGGUACCUGCGACAUUUCGAUGUCGGAGCCAUUCAGAACCAUGUCGACUGGAUCAACGUCAUGACGUACGACAUUCAUGGCGUCUGGGACGCUGACAACCAAUGGACCGGCCCAUAUGCAAGACCCCACACAAACCUCACUCAGAUCGACGAAGCUCUCGGGCUGUACUGGAGGGCCGGCGUGAGAGCAUCCAAGAUCACACUGGGCUUGGCAUACUACGGCCGGUCUUUUACUCUCACUGACCCGUCUUGCAACGACCCCGGAUGCCGCUUUACCGAGGGUGCGCGACCCGGUGAGUGCACCGGCGCCGCGGGUGUGCUUUCGCUGGCCGAGAUUGAGCGGAUUAGAUCAACAGAAGAUGUUGUCGAAGGAUAUGAUAUGAUAGCCGCGGUCAAAUGGAUGACAUGGGACUCAGAUCAGUGGGUAAGCUUCGAGGAUGAGGAGACCUUUCAUCAGAAAAUCGAUUACGCCUCCAGGCUUGGACUCGGAGGAACAAUGAUCUGGGCUGUUGACAUGGCGGUCCUGGGUCCCAGCGCGAAGAACAGUCUGGCCCAAUCGACCAAUCUUGCGGCUUUUAGCCGGGCGGGAAUCACCGAAGAGGACAUCGUUCAAUACGUCGCGCAUCAUGACGCAGGCGAGAGCUGUUACGUCAGCUUCUGCAGCGAGUCCUGCGCUGCAGGUUACACGGCCGUUCAGACCAUGCGCGGCGAGGUCGGAAGUUUGGGUCCCGGUAGUGCCUGUGAGGGUGAAGAAUACCAGACUCUGUGCUGCGUCUCGGGGACCAUCAUGCACCGAUGCAGCUGGCAUGGUUGGCGGGGCCAAGGCUUGGGAUGCUACGGAGGUAUUGUUGCUCUCCCACAGAUAACUGCUGCUCUAUAAUUCUUCCCGCAUUUGUGAGAUCAAACCUUUGCAUCAGCUAACUCGACUGCCCCGGCACGGGGCGAGCAGGCGGCUGCUACCCUGGCCAUGUCUUGAUCACUCAGAACACCAAUUACUUCGACGUCCAUAAUGAUAUUUCAAGAACCUGUAACG